AAUUACCUUCAGAUUCUGAUUCUCUUCCUCUUUUCCUUCCCGGUAUUCACAUCAGCUGUGCUCUCUCAGUCCUACUGUAGCCCCGGAAACACAGGAUCCGACUUUACUUCGAUCCCAAGCGAUUUCCAAUCCAAUGGCUUUUGCCAUGACAGCUGCACGAAGUAUGCAUUCGCCAUCGUGCAGAACAAGAAUUGCUGGUGCUCCAACUAUGCUCCCGCCGACGAGCAACCCGUCAGCGACUGUGGUGAGAAGUGUCCUGGAUAUCCCGCGGACAAGUGUGGGAAUGAAGGGAAGGGCCUCUUUGGCUACAUUGUAGUUGAGAACAACAAACCAUCUGGAACGAAGAGUGGAGACGCUGGAACUCCUUCGACUUCGUCCUCAUCCUCCGAAAUUUCUUCGCCUGUAAUCGACAUCCCCACUGGCCCUACCGGCUCGGUCAUAUUGACGACCGUGUCUGGCUCAGUGGUGACGCAAACGGUAACAGCGCCCCCCACCCCGCCGAUGCUCCCCGCGAAAUCCGCCCGAUCACCCGGAUCUACGGCCGGUAUCGUCAUCGGAGCCGUGGGCGGCGCCGCCCUCCUAAUCGGCAUUGCUUGCUGGGCCAUCUGGAGACGACGUCGCCGCCAAGAAGAGACCUCGGACAACGAAAAGUUCCAGGUGGAGAACCGACCCUCGCGCAACUCCAGCACGCUCAAGAAGGGCGGCUUCCUGUCCAAAGUGUAUCACGCCAACCAGGGCGUGCCCGCGGGAUCCGGCGAUUCCGGCAACAGCGGAGGCGAGAAUUCAGCGUCCAACGGGAUCACCCCGACCUCCGAACGGCGGCUCAGCAAGCCGUUGGUGUACGAUCAGCGCUUGAACCCCGUGACCUUAGCGGCGAACAACACCAGCAGGGCCAGCUUGAACACGUUGCAGGACAAUCAGGAUUAUUCUGCGCGUAUCCUCAACGUAAGU